AUGGCUGGCAAGAAGGGCGAGAACUCCAAGAAGGUUGCCGGCAACGCUCGCAAGGCCGAGGCUGCGGCGCAAAAGGCCGCAGCUGCCGAUGCCAGAUUGGAGGCUGAAGAAUCCGAAAACUGGCAGAAGGGGACAUCUCGCGCACGAAUACUGAUGGAAGCAUCGUCUCCGGUCACCAGGGAAGCCGAGGCCGCCAAAAAGGCUGAACAGGCUGCAAAGAAGGCCGAGAAGGAUGCUCUUCUCAAGGAGGAGGAAGCUAGCCUGGGCGGACGAGCCGAACCCAAGAAAUCAAAGGCUCCUGCUAAGAAGUCUCGCGGCUUGGACCUCUCCCAACUUGACGGCGGUGCGCCCUCAACACUGAACGCGUCCGGUAUCGAUAAUGCGCUCGAUGCCUUGUCGCUGGCGACCGGGUCCGACGAUGCCAAGAUUGACAAGCAUCCUGAGAAGAGAUUUGCUGCUGCGUAUGCCAAGUAUGAGGAGCGAAGACUCACCGAGAUGAAGGCAGAUGGCAGCGGCGUUGGCUUGCGCUUGGAGCAACGCAAGCAGAGGAUCAGGAAGGAAUUCGACAAGAGCCCUGAGAAUCCCUUCAACCAGGUUACUAUUGCUUACAAUGCCACACGUGACGACCUGGACCAAGUCAAGGCUCAUGAAAAGUCCAAGAUCGAGAAGCGCCUGGGAAAAAUCGAACAUCAGGAGCUUUGGUUACGCUACCCGAUGCAGCCCUCAUCCUGCCAAUUUAUGCCCCGCGAUGAUGUCGCGCGACAGUUCCCACCGGCAGAAUUCCUCACCGCUUCACACACCGCCCAAUUCAGACAGCUUCCCAAGGCGUCGUCCCCGUUCGGCAACCGACCACAUCCCAUUCUGCUACCCGGCAGUGUUGACGGUACCGGCUUGAAGCAAGCAUGUCCCGAAGCAGUUCUGUUUGUUCGCGAUGGACCGUACGCGGCGGCCGUUCUACGGUUCCAGAUUUCCUUCCCAGACACAUACCCGAAGCUUCCGCCCCUGAUUCUCUUCUCGACUGACAUAUUCCAUCCACUUAUCACCCCCCUUACGACAUAUAUGUACGCAAAGGAUGUUCAAGAUAAGGGCACUAGCAGUGCUACCGAUCAAGAACGACUACCGCCUGGUGCAUUCAGCCUGAGGCAUGGUUUCCCACAGUGGUUUGGCCGUGGGCAAAGUGCCGAGCCCGGGAGCAGACUGGCUAGCGGCGAAAGACUUGACAGUUCAGGGUCUGACGGGACUGGCGCGCCACCUGAGGGUGUUGUCAUGUCGCCGGAGCCAUCUCAUGCGAGCUCUCCAGACUAUAGCCAGACCUGCAAACCAGGCAUGUCUGUUUACACUAUUUUGAAGUAUAUCCGCAGCACCUUUGAUACCCCAGAAGUUCUUGACAUGGUUCCUCUAGAAGCCUCGGGAAAUCCUGGAGCAUGGCAUGCGUGGCGCGCGCACAGGCGGAAACAUGGCAAACUCGCAGACCAGAAACCCAGCAGUGGCGAUGAUUCCGAUUCUGAUGGUGUCCGAAAUAGCUAUUCUGGGAAGGCAGAGGAGCCAAGUCUAUCGCCCACUACAGCGACUCGGCAGCCUGGUCAGUGGAAUUGGGACGGGGUGUGGGAGGACAGAGUGCAAAAGGGAGUUGCGGCUAGUCUUUCUGAACCCGUCUUGUACGGAGGAUCAGGCGUGCCUGAUGAAAUGAUUCACUUCCUCGCAAUGGAAGAAACGGAUUUGGAGUCUGUGAAGGAUGAUAUUCGUCGUACACUCGGCAGUGCGGCCUAA